CCGCACGUUAAUGCCACAAGGAAUGGGGCAAGCCGGCUAAAUUUACCCUCGCCAGGGACAUUUCGUCUCGAAGUUGUUCAUCGCGCACGAGGGCAGAGCGCGGUAAGAACUGGACUGACGGAGGGACACACAACAAGCUCAACACGAUUUGACGGACCGGGGUGUGAGUGAGACCUACUUCAUCCGCACGCCAAUCCAAUUACAUCACCAUGAUGGAACCCGACGGAGUCGACGAACACGACGAUCAAGUGUCGGAAGUUCUCCCGGCAACGCCUGCAACGGGGGCUUCCACCGACAGCGGGGGUUCCGUCGCUCGGCAAUCCCAACAGUCCAUGUCGACGCCCGACCCAGCCAUCGCCGAGGACCUCAUGGCGAUAGCGAGUAACACGCGCCGCAAGACGAUUCAGAAUCUGUGGGGGCACAUCAAAGGCAAGAAGCAUGACACGAUCGUCAAGCCCCGCAGCCACUACCGCCGCGGCACCAUCUUCCUCCAGCAUCUCGAGAUGCAAAAAGUCGCCAAGGGCGAGACUCGGUUCGACCACAAGUUUUUCGAGCGGAUCAAAACGCAGUACGAGCACGCGCACCUGAGCACAAACACUAUGAUCGGGCUCUCGAUCUUUCAGAACGGCAUCAACCCAGUCGACGACCCGUUCAUCGUGGACAACAUGCCGAUCGAGAUCCAAAUCGGGUUCCGCCGCAAGCUGUUUCAGCUGUUCUCGCUGCAGCUCCUCGUCGUCGUCGGUUUGAUUGCGGUCUUCUCCAACAUUCCCGCGGUCAAGGCGCCGUUUGCAGACUUUUGGAGCCUCUUGGGCAUCUUUGCUGCCACGAUUGCCCUCCUCUUUGCGCUGUACGUGAAAAAGUACCACUACCCCGUCAACUUUGUCGUGCUCGGCAUGUACACCGUGUGCAUGUCGAUGUUCCUCGUCGGAAUCGACGCGUUCCUGGGCAUCGACGUCAGCCUGUUUGUCUUUGCUCUCACAUUCGUCGUAAUCACGCUGCUCGGGGUGCUUUGCACGCUGCGGAAACCGGGGUCGGGGGACACCCUCGUCGGGUACAUGCCAAGUGCCGUGGUUGCGUUCGCCGUCGCGUUUGGCAUCGCGUGCAUUGUGUAUUUCGCCGCGCUCGACACGCUGUUCAGCGCCACGACGUUUCUCCUGUGCUGCGCCACGAUCUUGAUCUUGUCGUUCUGGUUUGCGUACGACGCGUCGUGCAUGAACCAGCGCCUGAGCCCGGACGAGUACAUGCAAGGCAUGAUCUUCUUUUACACGGACAUGGUGAUGUUUGUCAUUUUCGUUGGGAUGGUCGCGUUUGCAUUCAUGGCGUGCGAAGGCGACGUGUGCUGCUGGGGGUCGGCCGAGAUCAUACCGAUCUACCCCCUGCGAGGAAGCGCCCAAGGCGACAACGCGCAGCCGACCGAUGGAUGCUCGGCAGAGACGCCGCCUACAGGGGCGGCCGCCGCCGUCGUCGUGAACGAAGACAUCGACCGAUAAGUAGAAUGCCAUAACGAAUAUCUCGCCAAGAACACGAACACCCGCGUACAUGUCGUGGGUGGUAGUAGUCGA